AUGGGACAGCAAAUCCUCAUCAAUCAGCCAUCGCCACAAAAUCAAGCUGCACCAAGACAACAACUGAAUCAGCAUUUGUGGUCCCAACAGCAAACUCCUCAAAUACCUGGGCAACAACAGAUAAUAAGGCAUCCGGUCAACGUCAUCCAACAAGGUUCACCGAGGGUGCAGUGGUCCCCGACCGGCCAACAGGGCGCCGGCCCCCCUCCCCAGAGGCAGUUCAUCCAGCUGGACGCGCGCACGCACCAGGAGCUGCAGAAGAUGCCACCCGAGCAGCAGGCCAUCUUCGUGGCGAAGAUCCAAAGGCAUCGGCAGUUCCUCAAGCAGGGCGGGCAGCCAGCCCAGCAAGCGCCCGGCCUGAGCCCGAUCAACCAGGGCGUGGGCGGGGGCGGCCAGUUCGGGGAGCAGGGUCAGCAGCAACAGGUGCAGAUCAGGCAGUUCCGGCUGCAGCAUUUGCAGCUGCAGAGAGAGCAGGCGCAGAAGAGUCAUUUGGCGCAGCAGCAAGGUGCCAUCCAGCAGCCGACCAUCGUGCGACCGAUCGGCCAGCCGCCGCAACCGGCCGAUUCGACCGCCAACAUGGCGCAGGCGCAGGUCGACGGCGGCGUCCAGCACCCGCUGGUGGUGAACGCCAAGACGAAGACGGCGCUGGCGAACAUGCUGAGCAUCAAGCUGCAGAGCGGCGGGUCUUCGGUGGGCGGAGGGGGGCAGAGAGCGGAGGCGAUGGCGGAGCCCCACAAGCCGCUCAGCCAGCUCUCAUCCCACAGGAAGUCGCACCUCCACCCCAACCACCGCAACGAGAAGCUCAGCCAGCUCCAGCACGAGUCGCUUAGCCAACUCCACACUACGAGCAGCUCAGCCACCCUGAGCACUUCGCAGAGCCGAAUUCAAGGUGCCACCCCAAGCAUCGAAUCCAUUCUACCCAGCACAGCAGUUCAACCCGCCUCUUCAAAUCCACAAUUAUUUGAAGAAUUAGACAAGGAGUUGGAGAGGUUCUUGAGGGGUAGCGCAUCCCAAGAAUCGGUGGUGUGGAUGCGCGACAUUCACAAGGAUGUGAACAAAUUAUAA